AUGAACAGCGUCAGGCAGCUCCAGGCCCACGCCCUCCGCCAAGGUCUCGACCUCACUCACAUCCUCGUCUCCAAGCUGCUCGAACUUCCCGACGUCGGGUACGCCCGCCGCCUGCUCGAGUCCGCCGGCGCCGCGGCGGCGUCAGUGUUCCUCUACAACAAGAUUCUCCAGGCCUGCUCCGCCAAUGGGCUCCACCUACAGGGCGUCGCCCUCUACGCCGCCAUGUGUCGACGUGCGCGCGCCCCAAAUCCCCACUCUUUCACCUUCCUGUUCGCCGCCUGCGCCGCCGUUCCGGCGCCCGCCGCUGGGCGAGCUGCGCACGCGCAGCUGGUCAAGCUCGGCCUCCCGAUGGACGCGUACGUCUCCACUUCCUUGCUUGAUAUGUACGCCAAAUCGGGCCUUCUACCGCAAGCGCGGCAGGUGUUCGACGGAAUGCCGCACAGGGACACCCCCGCGUGGAAUUCCAUCAUCGGCGGCCACGCGAAGGCCGGGGAGCUGGCGGCAGCGAGGGCGCUGUUCGAGGCCAUGCCGAUGAGAAAUGUUGUCUCCUGGACGUCGAUGGUUUCUGGGUACGCGCAGAACUGCCAGUACGAGGAGGCCGUCGCCAUUUUCACCAGGAUGUGGGCGGAGGGCGAGGCGAAGCCCAACGAGGUGACGGUCGCCAGCGUGCUCCCCGCCUGUGCUAACCUCUGCGCCCUGGAGCUGGGGAAGAAGGUGGAGCUCUACGCCAUGGAGAACGGCUUCACGAAGAACCUCUUCGUGAGCAACGCCCUGCUGGAGAUGUACGCCAAGUGCGGCAGCAUCGAGCGCGCGAGGGAGCUGUUCGAGGAAAUGGGCGAGAGGAGGAACCUCUGCUCCUGGAACUCCAUGAUCAUGGGCCUCGCCGUCCAUGGCGGAUGGAACCAGGCGCUCGAGCUGUUCCACAAGAUGAGGGUCAGUCGAUCAAAGUUGAGUUUUUUCUCCUCGCUCAAUCCAUGAAACCAACCACCGUGAAAAUCUGCAGGCGAAGGGGGUCGUCCCGGAUGACAUCACAUUCGUCGGGGUUCUUCAGGCCUGCACCCACGGAGGGCUGGUGGACCAAGGCCGGCGUUUCUUCGGGUCAAUGGUUGACUUCUCCCUCUCUCCCAAGCUGCAGCACUACGGCUGCAUGGUUGACCUCCUUGGCCGCGCCGGGCUUCUCCAGGAAGCCUACUCUCUGGUCCAGAGCAUGCCGAUGAGCCCGGAUUCAGUGAUAUGGGGGGCCUUGCUGGGGGCCUGCAGCUUUCACGGCGAGGUGGAGCUGGCAGAGACGGCGGCGGGAUUCCUCUUCGAACUCGAACCAUGGAACCCAGGAAACUACGUGAUCCUCUCCAACAUAUACGCUUCUUCGGGGCGGUGGGAGGGUGUGGCCAGGGCGUGGAGGAAGAUGAAGCUGGUGCAGCGCAAGAAGGCCGCAGGGUGCAGCUCCAUUGAGAUCGACGGUGGCCUGCACAAGUUUCUAGUGGGGGACAAGUCUCAUCCCAUGUCCCAUCAGAUCUACGCCGUCGUUGACUUAUUGCUAGCCCAUAUGACGUCAGUACCUCAUCCGCCUUUGUAA